AUGAGUACUGAUAGCAGUAACGGGCAGAGGACCACCAGUAAACCUCCUUCCUUGAAACAGGAAGGGUCAGAUCAACGACUGCUUGAAGGCUUGGCAGCGUCAUCGUCUGAAACAACAACUACAACAACUACGAUCAAGAGAAAACAAUUAAGGGAACAUAAUACACUAAAAACCUCGUUACACCUCUCUCCAUCUUCGACCAGUCGCAACGUUUCCUCAUCGUCCAUCAAUGUCUUCGAUCGUUCAAAUGUACAAAACCAUCCCAUGCAUUCAAUCAUCAACACCUCCCCAAUUCCUCAUCUCAAAAAAGGCUCUUAUCAAGGUCUUCUUCACGAUGAUGAUGUUGAUGAUAUCCUUUUAAUGAAUAUUCAUCAUGACGAUGAUGAGCAUACCCACCCCUCAAAUCAACCUUACUCUUUGGAACUCGACGAUCAUCAAAUUUACAACGAAUUUAAAAAUGUGGUUCAGCAAUUGGACAGACAAGCCGUGAAUACUGCUGACACCACCGAGAACCAACAAUUACUUGGUGAAAAGUUUAUAAACCAUGUAGAGGAUCAACAAUACCAAACAACAACAACGGAAGCAUGCUCCGUUCCACCAAUCCACACAACCGCUGCUACUCGUUCAGACGAUCCAAUUUCACACAGACAGCAUCAUCAUUGCAAUAAUGAUACUACAGACGUUCCCUCAUCAUCAUCAUUACAACAUUCUGAAACAGCAAACACCCUACUGAGUAGUUCCCAUCAACCAAUCUCAACUCUCAAUAAUGCAGAGAACCAUAACAGUCCGAAUGUAUCAAGAUUUGUUGGAAAUGACUCCAACACUUCUCUCACUUCACUGCUGUCUUUGAAAUCUAAAGAAUUUAUUUGGCCAUUGAACAGAAGAGUGAAAAAGGAAUUGGAAAUUAUUUAUUUUGGUUUGGUGAAACGAUUAAAAGACGAAUGUGACUCACUAAAGACCAUUGUUACAUUAAUGAAGGAAAAUCAAGAGAAACAAAUAAGUGAUUUCCUUUCAAUUAUCACAUCAUCUCAUUACUGUUCAUCUCCGAAUCAUCCAUUACAAAUCUUUCAUCGCUCUUCCCUCUCGACUGCAAUCGUUUCUAGUGAUGAACAUCUGACAACAUCAGAAAUGAAAUCUCAAUUAAAUGAAAAAGACGAAACAAUUUCUAAAUUAAAGGAAGAAAUUGAGAAAUUAAGAGAGUUCAAUAACGAACACAUUCAUUCUCAAUAUUCAUCUCAAUUGCAGGACAGAAAUGAAAAAAUUAUCAAACUAACCAAUGAUAUCAAGUUGAUGGAAAUUCAACUGUUGAACCUCUCAAAACAAUUAGAAAUUAAUUCUCAAUCAGAUAAAACUACCUUAAUUCAUGAGAAACACAAUAAGGAAAUGAUGGAUCUUAUCUCCUCUCUCAAAUCUCAAUUACAACAAAAGAAUACUCUAUUAGAAGAAGUAAUUCAAAAUUUAAAAUCAAGAGAAGAUGAAAUACGAGAAUUAAUGACCAAUAACCGAAAUCUAAUCACAGACUUGAAGAAUAACGAACAUCAAUUUCAAUUAUUUGUGGAAACGAGCAACAAAAAGAUGAAUGAUAUCAAACAAGAACAUUUACACUCAUUGAAUUUAAUUGAAUCCUCUCAUUUAGAAGAAAUUGAUUACGUUAAAAGAUUGGGAGAAGAAACAAUGAAGACUGAAUUAAAUAUAUUGAAAUCACAAUAUGAAACAAAAUUACACGAAAUGGCAGAAAUUCACACCCAGCAAAUAGAAGAGUUGAAUGCCAAGCAUCAGAAUCUCAUUGAAGAUUUAAAGAAACAUCAUUUAAAUGAAAUGGAAAGUGUUUUGAAAUGUCAUCAUGACAUGUUGAAUGACACAACCAAUCCUGUCCUUAAGGAGUUGAACCAAGUUGAUGAUCAAUUGAAAACCAUGAAAGAAGAUUCUGAUUUCUCAUUAAAAGAACAGUAUGAAUCCAAAAUGAAUUCAAUGAAAGACAUGUAUCAAGGACAACUUGAAUCUCUCACUCGUAAUUAUGAAACUAAGAUACAAUUCAUACAACAAGAACAAGAAGAUUCUCUCAAGACUACUCAUCAACAGUUGAACAUGGAAAGGAAUGAACUCCAAACUCUUAUUCGUAUGCGAUGCGAUCAAUUGAAACAGCAACUACGAGAUUAUGCCUCGAAAUGGACGAGUCUCUUCAAUGUCUGCAGCAGUGCUACAUGCAACACAAGUACUACUACUACCAUCAUGGUACAUGAUCAUUUAUCCAUCCAUAAUACGGAAGAUUAUGAAGUAUAUUACUCCAAUACCACUACCAGUACCAAUACCAACACUACCAUCACGAACACGACUUGGUUUAAACAACAAAUCGAUUCACUAGAAAAGGUCAUUUCCAAACUAUUCAAUUCUUUCAUUCAUGAUCUCUCACAAUUGAAAGAACAUGAUUUGACAAGUAUGGAAGAGAAAAAUAGACGAAUUGAAACAUUGGAACAGAUUCAUUCCAGAGAGCUUGAAACUGUAACACAUGAGAGCAUCCAACUCAGUGAUCGAUUGAAUCAUGCUCAAUCAGAAAUUGAAAAGAAACAAUUAGCAAUACAAGAGCUAGAAAAGAAAGUAUUUGAAUUACAAUCCCAAUGUCAAUUAUUAGAACAUGAACAUCAAGAAACAAUUGAGAGUUUAAAUACUGAACAUUCUAUUCAAAAUAAGACUAUGGAAAAGAAGAUUAACGAAUUACAAAUGGAUAGAGAUUCUAUUCAAAACAAAUAUCAUCAAUUAGAAACAUUGUAUCAAGACUCUACUAGUCAAUUGAAUCAUACUCUCAAUCAAUUACAACAUGUUGAAAAAACACUUGAUGUUUUACGAACUGAAAAGAAUGAUGCCAUGAAAAGGCUUGAGAAUUUGGAACAAGUCAUUUCAAGAGAUGUUUGUGAUGAAUGGAUUGAAAUGCUGAAGACCAAUAUUGGUUCAAACGAAUUGGAAUCUACUACUCUCUCUUCAAGUUCCACUGAUUGUGUACAAUCAAAAAUACACUCUCUUCACUCCACGAUCCAAUCCACUUUGAAUAGAGUCCGUCAAUUACAAGAAUUGAAUCAAAGUCUCACAUUGAAACUCAACAAUUAUUCGGAAAUUAUGGAAAGAAAUGAAAUGAAAUUGAAUGAAGUGUUGCUAGAAAAUACGAACAUGAAGAAUAUCAUGAAACAAUUAGAAGUAGCAAACCAAGAACUAGAGAUACAAUUAUCAAAUGAACGUUCCAUAGCAUUGCAAAAUCAACAACAAGCACAAUUGAACUUGAAAGAACAACAUGAUCGCUCACAAUUAGAAUUACAAUCUCUUCAACAACAGUGCAAACAAUUAGAAGAAUUGAAUGCCAAAUUGAGUGAUCAUGAACAACAAUUGGAAGAGGAAAAACAAUCGAUUAAUCUUGUACUCACAGAAUUGAAACAAGAAAUGAAUGAUCAAGUUUCAAAACAUCAACAAGAAAUGAACGAACAAUUAUUGAAACAUCAACAAGAGUUGAAUGAACAAUUAUUGAAACAUCAACAAGAAAUGAACAAUCAAAUUUCAAAACAUCAACAAGAGUUGACUACUCUACAACAAGAAAGAAGUGAUCAUUUACAAGAUGUACAUCAACAACAAGUGACACAAUUAGAAGAGAAAAUAUUAGAAUUAAAUGAAGAAAUUUCCGAACAAACCGAUGAAUUGCAUCAUGCUGCUCUUGAGGUAACCAAUUUACAAAAGAUUAAUGAUUUCCUAUCCAAUGAAUUGAAACUUGUAAAAUCAUUGAAUAGACAAUUGAAAGAUGAAUAUGCAAAUGAAAUGACAGCAGAAUUGAAAAAUCUUAAAGAUUUAAUUGAAUCUACUAGAAUUGAUUUGAUUGGAGUUAAAGAUAUGAAUGACAAGUAUAACAAGUAUUACAAUCAAUCUGAAGCGAUCAAACAAGAAUAUGAAAAAUAUUUAAAACAAUAUUCAGAUGUUGUUUAUAGAAUUCAAGAAUUAGAAAAAACUGUACAACGAGUGCAAUCAUUUAUUACUGAAAAAGAAUCCAUCAUUUUCAAUCAUGCUUCCAUGAAUACCAAUCCUACCAUGACGAAUACUGAAACAAGUGUUAUGGAUGACCACUCUCCUUCAGAACUAUUAACAUCCUCACAAAUAGAUGUUCUUACUCAAUUUAUUCACGAGUUGAGAAAUGUCAUCACGUCAUCAUCGAAUACUAUGAAUGUUGCAGAAUUUUCAUCCAUGAAUCAUCCAAUCCAUACCACAACAGGAAAUUCGACUGUUGCUCUGAGCAAUCAACAACCAAGACUCAAUCAGCAACAAAUGAAAGAAAAGAGAAGAACAAUGGCAUUUGAACCUGGAUCCAUUUCUUUCGAUGAAGAGAGUGCAUUCAUGAUGAAUCAUGGAUUGGAUGAUGAUUGGAAUGGUAGUAGGAGGAAUAGUACUAUAAGUAGUCAUAGUAGUGGUGGUAGUGGUAGUGGUAGUGGUAGUACAAUGAUUCAGAAUGAACCAUUCAACAAAUCAUUCAAUCGUCGAAUGACUACGAUUGCUACUACUACUAGUUCACCGACGACAACACACUUAUUGAUGAAUUCAUUCUCUCCUCCAUUAUCAUCUCCACAGCAACAACAACAACAACAAACACCACGUGAUAAUAAUAGACCCAAGACGUUAUCCAUCAUGUUACAGCAAGCACCAUAUUUACAAUCUCAGAGCAAUAGCAAUCGAUCGAGUAGAAGUAAUAGUAAUGCAAGUAGUAACAAUAGUUCUUCUUCAUUCAAACUCAUGACCAAUCAUCAUCAUGCAUUGAUACAACAGCAACCACAACGACCUCAUUCUCUAACCUUGGAUACGUCUCAAAGAGAAGUGCUCAAUAGUUCCCUGUCAUCCUAUAGAAACACACCAAUGGUACAAGGUGGUGGUGCCAUUUCAUCUGGAAGGAGUACACCACCAACAAGUAAUGAAUCAUCAAGACACCAAAGUAUACAUAGUGCUACAUCAUCACCAAAUCUUUCAUCUGUAUUCCAAAAAACAAAGAGUUCACCCAAUCUUGAACAGACUUUUGGAAAUGUCAAUGAUAUGUGGAAUUCCAACACCACUGCAACCAACAACAACAACAAUAACAACAACAAUGGUACCACUAGUUCAUCAACCAACCUUUCCAAUCCAAGUCUAAUCAGAAGAUUACAGCAGACACCACCAAUUCCACCACCAAGAAGACUCUAA